UUUUCUGCAGAAACUGCUGAAUCUGCAGACAUGUAGUGGGGAAACGUGAGUGAUUUAUCGCUAAAUUGGUGACCCCUCGACGCUGGUACCACUGAUCGUGACGACUUUUUCGUCGAUAUGCUGUCUCUCCGUAUGUGGACGCAGAAAAUCGCCUCAAAACUCAAGUAAAUCAAAAUGGAAACGUGUAAAAUACCAUCAUCAAAGCUGUUUGCAUUGUCUGCGGUCGAUUUGCGGGACGAUUUUGAAGAGCGUUUCGAACGAGCUCAUCAGAAUUUUGUGCCCAUGACCGCAGGAUUGAACGACAAGGAGCUACAUGAUCUCCUGGCCACGACAAUGGCCAAGGAUAAGCAGCACGAGGAUGUUUCACUGGGAAUGAUUUAUACCAUCCUGACGGAUCCAUCACAGGCUGCCAAGACUUAUAGAGACCUCACAUUGCUCACGAGGGAUGGUCUGACCUUUGCCACGACCAAUGUGUCCAUGCUGGUGGCCGAUAAAUAUCCCAAAAUCACAGAUAACGCCCGGAAGCAGCUUCUGUGGCUGGUGCGGGAAUUUGUGAAGAAUGCUGUGCUCAAUGUGGACCAGAUAAUCUGGAAUAUGCUACGACAGGCUAGUGGUGGGGAUGUUUCACAGAGAAAUCUGCUUCUGGUCGAGGGACUCCUGGACAUCUUCAUUGACCAUCGUCAGUGGCUCGAGAAGACACCCUUUCUCGUGGGCACAGUCGUUUAUACCUACGUCCGUCUCAUUGAGGACCACACGAGUCCCCUCCUGAACACAUUGCGAGCUAAAGAAGUGAAAUUUGUCGUGUCGCUCAUUCGCGAUAGAUUCACAGACAUCAUCCCACUGGGCAGGGAUUUCAUCCGUCUCCUCCAGAAUGUAGCAAGAAUCCCAGAAUUUGAUCAGCUGUGGAAGGAUAUCUUCCUCAAUCCAAAGUCCCUAUGCACUUCCUUCACGGGUGUCUGGCAGAUCCUUCAGACACGCACCAGCCGGCGUUUUCUGCAGUCACGGCUGACGCCGGAAAUCGAGAGGAAGCUGCAUUUUCUCACAAGCAGCGUCAAAUUUGGAAAUCACAAAAGAUACCAAGACUGGUUUCAAGAUAAAUACUUCACAACACCAGAAUCUCACAGUUUGCGCUCAGACUUAAUAAGAUUCAUCAUAAAUGCAAUUCAUCCGACAAAUGAUAUGCUCUGUUCGGAUAUUAUUCCACGAUGGGCCAUUAUUGGUUGGCUUCUUACCUCAUGCACAAAUCCCACAGCUCUGGCUAAUGCUAAAUUGGCAUUAUUUUAUGAUUGGCUAUUCUUUGAUCCCAUGAAGGAUAACAUAAUGAAUGUGGAGCCUGGUAUAUUAGUUAUGUAUCAUUCCAUACGGAAUCAUCCGUUGGUCAGCAGUACACUGUUGGACUUUCUGUGUCGUAUCAUGAAGAAUUUUUAUCCGAAAAAUGAAGAUAAAAUUCGAAUGGGUGUUUACAAUUCACUGAGAAAAAUCCUGGAGAAACAGGUGAUUCCGAAUCUCUAUCCACUUUUUGAAUCACCAAAAUUGGAUAGAGAAUUGAAGCAGAUGAUCAGGGAGAAUUUCCGUGAGUUCUGCAGUGGACCAAAUCCAAAUGAUGCCAAUAGUCAGAUGGCCAGUGAUGAUCGUACAAAUCUCUAUAUCAUCGAUGAACGCAUUGGGGGUCCGGGGAUACACAAUAACUUCAACAGUGAUGAUAAAGUAUUCAAUCGGACAGUCAGUGAUCAACUUCGGUCGCACAAUCCACAGGGCGUGACAAAUGCAACAACGUCAGGCAAUGAGCAGGAUGGGGAAUCGGGGGAGAAUGAGGUGGAGUUCAGUGAUGAUGAGGAGGAAACACCGGUGAAAACUGAAGAUUUGACUGAUGAUGAUGACGAUUUACCACUUUCCAAGGUGCGCUUAAAAGAGAAACCAGCACCUGAUAAAGUUGACCUUCCAUCGUCAAUAGCGAGUUCAUUUGAUGCAUUUAUGGCAUCAAAAUCAAGUGAUGAUUUUGAAAGUUUCCUCUUGGACUUUCGAACUUGCACAUCAUUAGAUAGUGAACAAGAGACAUAUGUUGCAAAUAAUAUUGUGACCAUUCUCAAAAGUACACUAUCAAAGCCAAAUAUCUUUCCUGAUUCGAAGCACGAUGAGAAAUUGCAGGAGAGUAUGGAACAUCCAAUAUUCUCAUUGUGGAAAAUAUUUUAUCAGUAUGAGGAAAAGUGUCGAAAGUGCAUAACAAAUUUAUUGGCAACAGUGUACAAUCGAAUACCAUGUGCGGGCUAUUUAGUUCUCUAUUUCCUCAAAGUGCAUACAAAAUUGCAAUCGCGCAAGAAUCCUAAUGUUGUAUUUAAAACAAAUGUAUAUAGAAUUUUGUGUGAAUCUGUGGAUCAAAGUGUUGAAAGUUGUUUGGCACGCGAUUUGACAAUGCUGGAAAAGGAUAGUCCACAAUUUUUCCUGUGGCUUCUACCAGAUAUUUAUCGUGAAUUCAAAAAUAGCAUGAUUAAUAAUUGUGAUGUACUGAGAACACUUGUGGGGUGUAUUGAUGCCAAGAACCUGAGAGAUCUUAUUUACUGUGUGACACAAGGGAAAUUGGUGAUAUUCAAGAAUGAUGGUGUUCUCGACUGUGUACGAGAUAGUCUCAAUUAUGAGACUUUUGAGCAAUUUUGCCUAUGGCAAUUGUUGCAAGCACAUGACGUUCCCAUUGAAUUUCUUCAGGAUAUUCUUCCUGAAUUGGAAUCAUCGAAUCAUGCUGAAGCAUUGACGUAUAUGCUGAUGCUGCUGAAGAGUGAGAAACCAAAUGCGGAACUUGUUCGAUUGCUUUUGAGUCGAGAAACGAAAAAUCGUGGUGAUCCAUUUGUCACGUCAGCUUUAAGGUACUGGUGUCAGGAGUUUGAGGAGAAACUGUCUGAGAUAAUCGCUGGUUUGUUGACAUCAAAGUACCCCAACAGUUCACCAAAUAAACGGAAACGUCCCCUUAAGAAUAAUUCAGUUCAAACAACAUCACCGUCAUCUGAGCAGCUACUCAAUCACUUGGAACACUUUCGGAGAAGCUGUCGACAUGGAAAUGGCACAGGGACUGGACUGUAUGUUCAGGACGCAAUGCAACGUGCCCUCCAACAAGCUUUUUCACACAGUAGUGACAGCACAAAGAAACAAUACUGUGAUUUAUUCGCGUUGGCGGCUGAGGAUGAGACGAGUGGUGUUGGACGAAGGGGUGCAAGUGGGCGAGGGAGAAAGCAGCCACCGAGCAAAAAGGAAUCGAGUAGCACAUCAAAUGCAUCCAACAAGAAGAAUAUCGAACCUCUUUCUAGUUUUAUCUCAAGUGAUGAAGAGUCGAGUGAGGACGAAUGGUCGAAGCCAAAAGCAGCAAAGAGGCGAAAAAAGGCUAUAAGUGAUUCAGAUUGACGCAUGUGAAUGGAUCAAGAAGCAACACUUAUUUAUUUCAAUGAGACAAUUCUCUAGAGAGUAAGAAACAAAACUACCAGCACGUAAAAUAUCAGCAAAAAAGGAUGUGAGAGAAGCGCGAGAUAAAGUGAAAAAGGAAUGAUGAGUUGUUGUCCCCAAAAUGCAUCCCCGUUGUACUUUUAAGUUUCCCUGCCCCCCCAAUUGUAAAUAUAACUUGCGAUAAAUAAAAUAAUUGUAGUACAAUUAAAUUCUGUUGCUAGCAAUUGUAAUCUUCAUUUUUUUCGAUCGUUUUAGCAAUUAUUUUUAUUAGUAAUGAAAUAACUAAAUUCACAAUGAAAUCUUGUACAUAAAACUACUUGUAGUUGUUUUUUUUAAUUAGAUGUAUUCACACCUUUCUUUUCCUGUUUUAGUUUUUUUUUCUUUCCAUUUGAGGAAAUGCCAAGUAAGAAAAGUGGUGAAUAACGUAAUGAGGAGUUGAAGGAUAUUUUUUACUGGACACUCUUGAUAUUUUAAAAUCACGCAAUGCAGCAUUAGAAAGGAAUUGGGAAAAAGUGAAGAGAUGACAUUUGAAAAAUUGUUUUCCAAGAGUCAAGGGAAAUUGAUUUAGUGUUCUUUCUCUUUUGAAAGCAAAAAAUAAAAGAAAAACAAAAUAAUGGAAAAAAAUAUACCAAUUGCCCAAAAAGCAAUUCACAUUUUUCUAAUCCGAAAAAUAUUUUAUCAAUUGAACAACGUGAUUUUUAAAAUAAUAGGCUGCCAGCAUUUAUAUACAAUUAAAUUGAAGAGAAGAAGAAAAAAAGGAAGAAAAAUAUGAAAAAAUUGAAACAUUGUAACGUUUAGUGAACCUAAGAAAAUGUUAUUAAAUAAAGAAGGAUUAAUUAACA